AUGAAAGACGUCGGCAAGCCUACGCUCUACAGGCUUUCCACCAGCGCUCAGCAGUACUUUGCUUCGCCUCUUUCAGCAUUCAAAGAUAUUCUCUUAAUAUGUCUUUCCAUACCAGGCCUGCUCGCACUCCUCUAUCCCAAGGCAGUAUGUGAUACGGGCGGGCCAAGGCAGUCUACUCCUGCAACCGCCAGUCUCGCGGGCCCUACGCCUUUGGGAACCUGCAACUGCGGUACCUCUGUGGCCGAGGCUCGCGCCAUGGGCUGCAAAUACGACGCUCUCUCCUCCGCGUGGCUCCCCGCGCGCUGCAUCGAUGAGGAACUCUCCCGUGAGUUCGAGAUGGCGGGCCCCGGCCCGGGCGGGCGCUGGAGCUACUGGAAAGACAUCAAUCUGACCGAGGAGCUGUCUGUGUCUGAGCUUGGCGACUAUGCAGACGUGAGUGGCUUCGAGUACCACACGACGCAGGAGUGGCAUUUUGUGCACUGCAUCUUCUACUGGCGAAAGCAGUACCGGUCGCGAUAUAACCAUAUAUGGGUGGAGCCGCGGUAUAAUUCGGAGCAUCAUAUCAAUCAUUGCACGGGCGUCUUUCGGGGUGGCAUGAGAGGCAUAUCGAGCUCGGGUGUGGCUCUGCGAUCGGAUCCUUGGCCAGGGUGGCAGUGA